AUGGAAAAGGAUAGCACUGUUGUUGAUUGUGAGAGCCGCAAUGAAGCGAACAAAUCAAAUGUGGACAAUUCAAACAGACUUGUUGAGAGGAAGUCACAAGUGAUAAAUGAAUCAGUGAAAGUGGCAGAAAAUGGACGCAUCAGCGAUAACAAUCGUUCUGAGAAAGUAAUCCAACCGGACAACAUCCCGAGGAAUGAUGACGCAUUGGAAGGACUCACUCAGCAACAGUCCGCCGAUGAUAAAUUGCCCAAAAACGAUGACAUUGCAAACGGAACUCAUUUUCCAGGAGGCUCGAGCAGCAAACAUGUAAGACAAACUAAUGAUGGUGCUCCAGGGAAUAAGAACUUUCGAACGAAUGCAUUUGUGCAGAAUGUUGGAAAUAAUGAAAGUCUAAUUGUAAGCGAUGGAAAUUUAAUUGAAAAUUCGCAAGAAGAAUCGCAAACAGGAACCAAUGUACGUAAUUUUUCCAAGCAAUUGAAACCUUUUGAAAAGCAGAUCUCAAAGGAAGCUGCAAAAUCUGAAAAGGUGGAACGAAAGUCACGUGAAUGUGAUGUGUCAACUGAUGAAUCACACUCAAGUAGACGAGCAACGCCGAGAAAAGGAAUCAAUGCGAAGGAAACUCGGGUCCAGCAUUCCACGAAUCAUGUACAUCAAAAACAUAAAUCAAAAAAGAAGUCACGAGAGGAUGGUCCACUAAAGCGUUCCCAACGCUCGGUUAAACAACAUUCACAGAAAAGUUGGUCUGCAAUAAACAAAAGACAAACUCAACAGAAGGACAUUUCGAGGAGUAAACGACAUUCACGAAAUGGCCAAUCACGCAAUAUUGCAAGCCGGAAAGGUCUGAAAAAAACUGACGAAAGGAGCGCUUCAAGAAAACAAAUGCAACAUUCUAAGAAACGAUUAAGCAAGGAUGGUUUCAAAGAGAGUAAAUCAAAAUCUAACAGCAACAGUUCAUCAGUUCAUCACAGACACUCGAAAAAGAGCAAAUCGCAGUCGCAUAGAGAAUAUUCUUCUUCAAAAAGUCAACGGGAUACCGAUGGAAGUACGAGGUCGGGGAGUGCUGAGCAACUCAGAAAGCAUACCUCACAUGACAGAAGAAUUCAAAAUGGAGAACAAAAGCUCGCUGCUACUAGUUCAUUACAAGAAACUAAAAAUUCGAAAAGAAGUGAUUCAACGAAAGGACAACAACUAAACGAUAGAGGUCGAGUAAUCGCUUCUAAUCCACAUUCACAAGUCGACAGCUCCUCGAAAAGCCACCAUUCACAUCGAAAAUCCAAAAGAAAGAAACGAAAAUCACUAAGGAAUAAACAGUUCCCUGAAAAAUUUCCUCGAAGUUCCAAAACAUCUAAUUCGAGUGCCAAAUUGCACGCGAAUGCUGCCAGUAAAGUAUCGAAUAAAUCAAAUCACAGCAGAAAAAGGAACGCUGAAUCGAAAUGGAUGGAUAAUCUCCUGGCAUCACCAUUGUUGAAAAAUAAAAGCACCGAAACGAAAAUUCAUUCAAGGCAACCGAGUUAUUAG